GAUUAAAGCAUGCUCAAUGCAUGAUUGCUUUGCUGCACUCUGAUUGGCUAAUUCUUAUCCAAUCAGCACUGGUCGAUAGUUGGAGAAUACUCUAGAAUCUUCUCAUGUAAAAACUAUAAAUAUACUAACGUUUUCUCUAUUGUGCUUCUUACUUGCUUCUUCUUACUUCCAUCUAACCUUGUUAUUUGGAAUAUAAUCUCUUUCCUGUUCAACCAUGUUCUGAUUUGGGGACUUGUCGAGUGAUUUGGUGUCAAGAAUAUUAAGCAAUAGGAAUGGCUGGGUCAUACCGUAGGAAAAGAGAUUAUAACAGUCUCGGUCCCGUUUAACGCCUUAAAUAUGCUUGUUCGAGUUCAAAAAAUGGGAUGUUUAGUGCCUCACUUAGCUUAAUUACUAAGAGUAAUAAUUUUAAGUAUGGGUUUGUCUUUCAGCAUCCGGUUCUUGAAUUUUUUUUCUGUUCAACUUUGUAAUUUUUCAGGUUUAUUAAUGAAUUCACCCAAGGGACCAAUAUUUUCAAAUGACUUUUCGUAAAAUGGUCCCAUGUUUCAUUCGUUCUUAUCAAGAUGCCAUACAUGAACUUAACAAGUCUAUUAAGCUGUCGAAUUACUUAACACCGUCAAAUCCAAGGCUUUUGAAAGAACAAAGGUAUGGGUUGUCCGCUGUUUAUUGCUCUGCUGUUGGAAUUGAAGAUCAGCAACUACGUGACUUACAUGUUAUACAUGUUACAGGGUCUAAAGGCAAAGGUUCAGUUUGUUCAAUGAUUGAAAACGUCUUACAGAAAUCCGGAUUUCGCACUGGGUUUUUAAGCUCUCCUCACCUCAUAAACGUUGAGGAAAGAAUACGGAUAAACGGACGGCCCAUAUCCCGUGAUCACUUUGCUAGUUUAUUUUGGGAUGUGCAUGGAACACUUCUUGAGUUUACAAAAACCUCAAUUAAUAUACCUAUGCCAUCAUUUCUUCAUUACAUUUUUGUGAUGGCUUGUAAAGCAUUUGUUGAUGAGAAAGUAGAUGUCGGGAUUUUCGAAGUUGGUAUUGGCGGACGUUAUGAUCAUACAAAUAUUUUCAAAGAUCCUUACGUAACUGUUGUCACAAGUUUGGCACUGGAGCAUACAAAUAUUUUAGGCAAUACCAUUGCUGAAAUAGCUUGGGCUAAAGCAGGGAUUUUUAAGACUGGUUCUAUAGCAUUAGUCAGUCAUGGGCAAUCAGAUGAAGCAAUGCAUAAAUUUGUUGAAGAAGCUGAACUUGUUAAAUGUCCAUUGUAUGUUGCACCUACGUUAGAUUCACUAUUGACUACAGAGAAUAUGACUGAGCCAUUUAAAGAUAUUUUUGACAAUAUGAAUACCAUACCUAAUAGUCAAUUAUUAAAUCUUGCUUUAAGUUUAACUACAAUAAAUUAUUGGUUUGCUAAAUUACAUGGAACUACUAAUAAUGAUAACGUUACAAAUAUUGGUUUACAGCCGACAUCUGAAUGGAAACCGAGUUCAACUGUUUUAUUUAAUGCGUUAUCCGCCCGAUGGCCUGGUCGAUGGCAAAUUGUAAUUCGAAAAAAUAUAACUUAUUAUCUGGAUGGUGCACAUACUGUAGAAAGUUUACAAUCUGCAAUAAAAUGGUUUCAGAAUGAGAGCUUUGCUUCGAAUAAUAACAGACGUCCUAUACGAAUUAUUAUUUUCACUGUAAUUGGUCCACGAGAUCCUAAGCCAUUUUUAAAAUGUUUACAAUCUUCCUCAUUCGCAUUCGAUUUGGUUGUCUUUGCCAAUCCUCACGAUGGUCAAUUUGAAAUUCUUCCCAGUAAAGAGUCACAUGAUGAAUUAUGCUUCAAUAUAUGGCGUCAACUCGAAUCGGAAUCGAACACCGGUAGUAAUUCUACAUCACAUUCAAUUGCUUCAAAGCAUGUCAAAUCUUUAUCUGCUUUUAUAAAGUGGAUGCAAAACUUGCAGCGUUUUUCUCUUCAGGCUUUGAAAUAUUUUCCUUGUGAAUAUAGUAAUUAUGAUGAAGCCAAUAAUACAACUUGCUGUGAUGUUUUGUCACUGGCAGUCUAUAUAUGGUUGGUCGGAUAUUAAAGGAAAUAGAUGAACCUGUAUAAAGGAUACAAUUGAUAUUCUCAUCUCAAAUUCUGUAGAUCUCCCAUCUGUAAAAUAAUGACGCGUUUCUAGAUUCCUGCAUGUUUAGUGAAAUUAUCAUUGGAAACUGUAAAUAUUAUGUACAUAGAUAAUCAUCGAUUUUUUAAAUUUUACAUACGUAUAAUUAAGAUGAUGUGAUCUGUUUCUGAUGAGUUACUGCAAAUAAAACUUGAACACGGACAAGGAUAAUCGUCCCUUCCUAAUAUCCAGUUAAAGUACAAUGUCUAACAUUCUUCUUCUCAUUUAGUAGGCGCGACACACAUUAAAGCAUUAUUUCCUACCGAGAAUUCCAUUUCAGAAAUCUAAAACUACGUAUGUCUUCUAUAAAUACGCUGCUGCUGCACAUCCCAACUUACCAGAUGAGGAAGGCAAACAAAGUGAUAGAGCUUCAAGUGGAAUCCUCAUUAAAGAUUAUGGCAUGAAGUGCAGCUUUCACUCACCAAGUAAAUGGAAAAGGGUUAGAUAUUGGACACAGACUGAACGUUGAAAGGGAGAUACUCUACAAAUUUGUGCAUGUUUGUCUUAUUCAUCGAACUCCCGAACUUGUUUUUGAGUCGUUACAUUUGCAUUUGAACAUGUAGCCAAGUAAAUAGUUUUAUAUGCAUUCCAUACUUACUGCUUUUAUUGCUACUAGUUUUUCACUAAACUUAAGUAAAUUUAAAACCUCUAUGGAAUAUUCGAAAACGAAGACUUCUUCACAGGACUUUAACAACCUCAUUAUUAGAGAACAUUUAUGAGUCGAGGGUGCUACGAUUGAGCUAUAUGUCAGAUGGUGUGGUAGGGGACAUUUUUAUAUUGGUUGAAUUGGUUCAAGAUGCAGUAUCUGUAAACACUUAAGGUUGCUUUAUAAAAGCCUAUAUUCUUACAGUAAGUUGUGGACAGUCAGUCGGCCAGUAGGAGCGUGGCAGAUCCUUGUCUACACGACCGUAGCCUUCAAGAAGAAAGAUCUAUGCACCUGGAAGAGUUACAUUCAGUUUCUAUGUCCAUUUUCGUUCAUAGUCCGGUCACCCCAUAUGGCAUUUUUUUAUGGACUUUUACUGUCAACCCCUUUAUGUAUCUCUACCUUGUUCUAUUCUGAGUCGCAUACUCAUCUUUCUUCAUUCACAUGUUCUUAUAAUCAUAAUAAUUCCCUUUAUAACAUUCUUGUAACGUGUUGUGUUCACGUGACUUCGUUGUUAUGUUGAUCACCACAACAUAACACUUCUCGUAUGGUUUACUGUCCAUAUAAUUCACUUUUUCCCAGCUUGAUUAUAAUUUCCUACCCCUUAGGCAACUUUUCUAGCCUACGAUUGGCUUGUUUUAAUGUGUUUAUCCUGUUAAAGGUUUUCAUCCUACAAUACUUAAUUCAACCACAAGCAAAUACAUUUAUCAUAAACUUAUAUCUGUUGAGUCUGAUGAUCAACUUAUUGUAAAUGAUCGUUCCCUAAAUACUCGGUUUUACUGCCGGACUCUAUUUAUGCUGUUACGUUAAUUGUGAUUGUUUUAUGUGCCUAGUUUGAACUGAUCAGUAAAUAUAUGCUUAUCUGGUG